UAUCUGCUCAAUCGGCUUGAUAAACGCGAAUUGGCGGCUGGUCGUAGUUCGGCGCUUGAGUAUCACUUUUUGAACGUACAUACGGAUUACAGAGAUGCGAGCUAUGCUUAUCAGCUUGCUACGGCAGGUGCAGGUGUUGCGCCCGGUGAAAGUGUCACGUUACCGGUUUGGGUUUUGGAUGGUGACGAAGCAUUUGCGCCACUGAUUCGUGCAGGUGUUGCGCCCGGUGAAAGUGUUACGUUACCGGUUUGGGUUUUGGAUGGUGACGAAGCAUUUGCGCCACUGAUUCGUUUUGCUUUAACUGCACCGCUAAGCAAAACGGUCGUGGUCCUGUGCGCAUCACUGCAGGAACCCGGGACAAUAUUGCAAUCACUGAAUAAAUGGGCUAAAAUUAUUGACGAUCAAAUACAGAAUAUAUUCAGCCGGCCCGUCAUCAUCGAUGCACGUAAAUCACAGGAACUAUUCUGGCAAGAAUAUGUUGAGCCGCUGGACAGCUCAAUGCAAAGUGACAAAAUACCAUCGAUGGAGACCGAGCAUGUACGUACUUCUAAUGCAUGCAAGAUUUAA